GCAGCCGCGGACUAUAGGGCGCUGCUGUGGACUGCUGCGUUCCGGGAGCCAUGGGGCUCACGGCUGGGGAGCUCGUCUCGUUGUUUCUGGGGCUGUGGCUGCUGCUGUGCAGCUGGGGGUGCCCCGGGAGCGCCGAGCUGCGGGCCCCGCCAGAUAAGAUCGCAAUUAUUGGAGCUGGAAUUGGUGGCACUUCAGCAGCCUAUUAUCUGCGGCAGAAAUUUGGGAAAGAUGUGAAGAUUGACCUGUUUGAAAGAGGAGAGGUGGGAGGCCGCCUGGCCACAAUGACUGUCCGAGGGCAAGAAUAUGAGGCAGGAGGUUCUGUCAUCCAUCCUUUAAAUCUGCACAUGAAGCGUUUUGUCAAGGACCUGGGUCUCUUUACUAUUCAGAGCUCUGGUGGCCUAAUGGGGGUGUAUAACGGAGAGACUCUGGUGUUUGAGGAGAGCAGCUGGUUUAUAAUUAACAUGAUUAAACUAAUUUGGCACUAUGGAUUUCAGUCCCUCCGAAUGCACAUGUGGGUAGAGGACAUAUUGGACAAGUUUAUGAGGAUCUACCGUUACCAGUCUCACGACUACGCCUUCAGCAGUGUAGAAAAGUUACUACAUUCUCUAGGAGGGGACGAAUUCCUUGGAAUGCUUAACCGAACACUACUUGAAACCUUGCAGAAAGCAGGCUUCUCUGAGAAAUUCCUCAGUGAAAUUGUUGCACCUGUCAUGAGGGUCAAUUAUGGCCAAAGCAUGAACGUCAAUGGCUUUGUGGGGGCAGUAUCAUUGUCCUCUGCUGAUUCUGGCCUUUGGGCAGUAGAAGGUGGCAAUAAACUUGUUUGCUCAGGGCUCCUUCAGGCAUCCAAAAGCAACCUUGUAUCUGGCUCAGUAAUGUACAUAGAGGAGAAAACAAGGACCAAGCAUACAGGAAAUCCCACAAAGAUGUAUGAAGUGAUCUACCAAAUUGGAUCUGAGACCCGUUCAGACUUCUAUGACAUCGUCUUGGUGGCCACUCCAUUGAAUCGAAAAAUGUCCAAUAUAACUUUCCUCAACUUUGAUCCUCCAAUUGAGGAAUUCCAUCAGUACUACCAACAUAUAGUGACAACUUUAAUUAAGGGGCAGUUGAAUUCAACUCUUUUUAGCUCUAGAGCCUUAGACAAAUUCGAUCUCAGUACAAUCUUAACUACUGAUAAUUCAGAUUUGUUCAUUAACAGCAUUGGGAUUGUGUCCUCUGUAACAGAGAGUGAUAAUCCUCAACCAUUAACAGAUAGGGGAUAUGUUUGGAAGAUCUUUUCCCAAGAAAUUCUCACUAAAGAACAAAUAUUAAAGCUCUUUUUGUCCUAUGAUUAUGCUGUGAAGCAGCCAUGGCUUGCAUAUCCUCAUUAUAAGCCUCCAGAGAAAUGCCCCUCCAUCAUACUCCACGAUAGACUUUACUACCUCAACGGCAUAGAGUGUGCAGCAAGUGCCAUGGAAAUGAGUGCCAUUGCUGCCCACAAUGCUGCUCUUCUUGCUUAUCACCGCUGGAAUGGGCACACAGACAUGAUUGACCAAGAGGACUUAUAUGAGAAGCUUAAAACUGAACUAUGAAAUGAUCACUUUUUUCCCCCUUCUGGUUCCAAAUGAAGUAUCACUGGCAAAGAACACAAUCUGAGCAGAGAUGAUUUUGAAUCAGAUAUUUUGCUGUAAAUUAGUAUUGUUUAACAAAAGUAAUCCCAGUGAGUUAUGAGAAAAUACAAGUUUCUAAUUAAGUGUGACAGUGUUAACUACUGCAUUUAUGCCAUCUCCAAAAUUUAACUCUUCUCUUAAUAUCCAUCAACAGUAUAGAAUCACCUGGAGUUGUUAAACAUGUGGGUUCUCUAGCUCCUCUGGACAUUCUGAUUUACUAGGUCUAGGGGGUGGGGGGGCCUUGGAUUUUGAACAAACCUUUAGAGCAUUUUAAGCUGAGCACUUGAGGAAGAGUUUAAAGACAAAUUUUAGUGGGGGACUAGUUCACUUGUGCUUUACAGCUGGAAGUGACCUUCAGUCAGACAGUUAUAACUACUAUGGGAACUGGUAUCAUAAUGUCUGGCUUUAUUAAUUUAUAUCCUUUUUCAAAGUAGAUGUGCCCAUGCCAGAAGCCUUGACUUUCUGAAUGUUCUUUUGACUGCUUCUGUCUUGAUUUUAUUAGGGGUGAAAUUCAGAAGCCUUAGUAGUUUAACUUUGUCACACAAAAAUCUCAAGCAAAAUGAAAGCAAAUACAGGCUAUUAAGAAAUUGGCAUUCUAUUAUCAAAUCCUCACCUAUGGAGCUCUAAAAAAUAUUGCUAGACCCCCAUGCAACCAGAGAUUCUGAUUUAGCUGAUUGAGGAUAGGAUCUCAGCAUUGUAGCUAAAAAGUUCCUAAGGUGCAAUUUGGGUUGAGAAUCACUGAUAUGGGGGUUUAAGAUGUCUCCAAAGGAUUUUCAGUGCCUUAAAAGUCCCAAAAAACCUAACGCAUUAUCAAAGCAGAUUCAUUUUUUGAAGAAUGAUUUCUCUCAACAAGAACUCUAGUAGUAAUCUUGAUAGUAAGCACUGUCAGUCUGACAACAGAGACAACUUAGAUUACUCCAGAACCAUCAACACUAGAGUAGGAUAUUCAGAAUGAUACCACACUUGAUCAAAUCCAGCACAUGUUCAAACUGUUAAAUGCUUCUAAAACUACUGCAAUGGGGGUUAGAAACUGGUUGCUGAAACCUUGUUUUUAAGGCAGUAGUUCUUAACUUUGGCUGCACAUUGGAAUAACCUUUAAGAUUUUAAAGCUUCUCAAAUGAUUCUAAUGUGCAGCCAAACUUAAGAACCAGUUCUACAUCUACUAUAUAAAGAUUAUCAUGAAUGGUUUUCCUUACAGUCAGUCACUAAUAGGACAGAAUGAAUAAAAGCUUGUGAAUUCUAAAAGUAACUGUAACAAAGUUUAACAUGUAUUGUUGGGGAAAAAAGUCCAUCAGAUUAUGGCAGCAGCUACUUUCACAAAAUGGUGUAAGAAAACAGUGAUCCUUAAUUAAAAUGAUUUGUCUCUACAAUUGUGAAUGAUUAAUAUGCUGAUAAAACUGCCAAAAUGUAUUUGAUGUAAAGGCAGGGAUUAAAUUUAUAGUUUGUCAAAAGGUCAGCUCUUUAAAAAUUUUAUUCUUAACCAGUAUGUUAAGAGGCAGUCACAUUUUCCUUUUGUGGUUUUAAUGAAGACAGUAUUGUAGAGAAUGUAAUAUUGUUAUAUGUGUGCUAAAGAUUGAUAAAUAAAAAUUGGUAAUGAAAUAGUUAAUUCACUUAUAGACUUGUUUUGCAAUGGGAUAUAUUAUUUACUUAGAAGGACACCAAUGUACAAUGUUGCCACUGUAUCAGACCUACUCUGAUUAAGUUUUCCAAUAGGGCAUCUGAAACUGCUUCCUUCAAGAACAAAACAGAUUAUUAAUGUAUCAGGCAUAAUAGUUUUAAUGGAAACAGCAUUAAAUAAGGAUUUUUUUUUUUUUAUUGGAAGAAAAAUACUAUCAGAGCCUGUUAUACUUAAGUAGACUACUGGAUUUGUCUUUGUACAGAAGAGAAUGGUAAAAAUUAUGCAGGAGUUGACUGAAAGCCAGUUCUACUCCAGUGGUUCUCCAACUUGAAUAUGCAUCAGAAUCACCUGGAGUGCUUCUUAAAAAUACUGCUGGGCCUCACCCCAGAUUUUGUUUUAGUGGGUUUGGAGUGGUAGAUGAAAACAGGCAUCUCUAUUAAGUUCCUAGGUGAUGCUCUUGGUCUAGGAACUGCACUUAGGAGAACCAAUUCUGUAAUUUAGCUCUAUGUGGUUGCAAAAAAAUGCCUGUCAACAUCAGUGAAGAUUUAAAGAGCUGCUGGAGAAGGGAAUAAAAAUGUACUGCACUUGAUACCAACUCUCCUUAUUGUGAUUAAGUUGGUUUGAUCCCUCUAGCUAUUCUUUGGCUGUAAACACUUUCUAUAAAGAGGAAAUAACGUUUUAGACAUAUAUAUAUAUAUAAGCCAUCCAUUGUGUUCUGUUUUUCAAGUACCUUAGUCACCUCUGUAUACCCCAUUCUCUACAGUUUUAAAGUGAUUCAAGAUUUGUAGGCUUUUUACAAGAUCAAAAAGUACAGGCCUAAGCAUUUGCUUGAUAGGGUUCUUGAAGUUAGGUUUAUGAUACCACCAUUUGCAAUUUAUCUUUCAUCUGAGUUUGUGUGCCAUAAAAUUUAUGACCUAGGUGAAUAUGGGGAGGAUUAUAACUAUUCUCUAUACUCCACAAAGAACUACAGUACACUGGAAUGUUUUUUUCUAGAGUUCUAUUCUUGUAUUAAAAAUUUUUCCGUGUUUAUGUUCAAAAUAAACAACUGUAUCAUUA